AAACUUGCACGCCCACAGUCACAUGUGCUGACUUCCCUGACAACCUUCGACAAGAACCAUCGUGAAAAUGGCGCAUAACAUGUUGAUUAUACUCUUUGGCGCUCUCCUCGUGCUGUCGGUCGGUGUCGGAGCGAAACGUGGAUGCUCUGCUUUUGGCCACUCCUGCUUUGGUGGACACGGCAAGAGAUCAAGCGAUAAUUCAAUCAUGGAUGGCACCAGCGGUGGUCUGCUGGAGCGUCGCCAGUUGGGACAGGAGGAGACGCCACCGCACCCCGGCUACCCACGCUCUGGCUACAGCGGUCUGCUGCCCACUGGCGAUGACAUCAUACCCAUUAGAGAUGGAGGUGCGUAUGAAAGAGAUGACAACAACGUUGCCCGCGAUGUCGUUAAGUACAAGUUGAGGAACAUUGUGAAACAUUGGAUGGAGAACUACAGGCGAUCACAAAGCAACGACGACGGAUAUUUCAUCGAGACCUUGUAAAUGCCAGAACUCUACGCCUCUCUGUCACUCUCGAGUGUGUUGUGCGAAGUAAGCUUGUUUUUAUACUUUUAAGUUUAAACUCUACUUUUUGUCAAAGAUUAAACUAACAGUAAAUAAAGAAUAGA